AUGUGGGAGGGACUUUUCAUGUUGCUCUCUUUGAGCACCAUCAUGGCCAUUGCGUCCUUCCUUGUGGGCGCUCUACCGCUCUCCUUUUCUCUGUCUCCUCGUCAGCUCCGCUUCAUAACAUUACUCGGCACCGGCGUUCUCGUCGGGACAUCACUGAUUGUAAUCAUACCGGAGGGCAUCGAGACGAUGUACAGUGCAAGCGGAAAGGGACACAUGCACGUUGCCACCAACAAGAACACCCAGCCCACCAUCCCCAGCGUUGCGAGCCAGCAGAAGGGGAUCAAGCAUCCUCAGGAAUACCCCAGUAUGGAGCGAAACGGUGCCGUCGAUUCCGACAAGGUCCAAGGUGGAUCAGUCAAGGCACCGGCUGUUGAACACAUCGUUGUUAGGCGGUCAGUGGAGCAGCCUCAACAAGAACGCCGCAAGACGGACGACAAGCAGACCCAGAAGGACAAGCAAGAGGAGGAGGAGAACCACCCGCAGCCCCAGAGAGGAGGUGACGACGACUCCACCGAGGGCCACAAAGAGGGACACACCCGUGUACACGCUCCCGAGGACGAAGAAACAGUAGUUCAUCACGACCAUGACGAAGGCCCAGAGCCGCAUGCAUAUAUAGGAGUUGCGCUAGUCCUCGGUUUCAUCCUCAUGUUUCUCGUGGAUCAUCUUCCAGAGGCAAUUGCACCACAACAGCCAAGUUACCACCCGCUCCACAUCUCGCUCUCGGAUCUCUCUCGUGGGCCUCACAAUUCGUCCAGCGUCUCCCUGAACAACCUCAAUGUCCCCGGCACACCGAUCCCCCCACCGGAGCGAAAGCCGGCCCCUAAGUCUUCCGCAACGACCAUUGGACUCAUCAUCCAUGCAUGCGCGGACGGAAUUGCACUGGGAGCCUCCUCGACCGCACCCUCCACUUCUUUGUCCUUCAUCAUCUUUUUCGCCAUCAUGCUGCACAAGGGUCCCGCGGCAUUCGGUCUGACUACCGUCCUCCUCAAGCAAGGCCUUUCGAAACGCACUGCGCGAACUCAUCUCGUCUUCUUCAGUCUUGCUGCCCCGGUAGGCGCUCUCGUCACAUGGACCAUUGUCAACGCUCUCGGACGGGCUUCGCUCGGCGGAGACGACAGCCUGAACUGGACGACCGGAUGGGUACUUCUGUUCUCAGGCGGAACCUUCUUGUACGUCGCCAUGCACGCCAUGACCGAAGCCACGGCCCCGAGUCUCUCCCACGAGGACCCCAUGGCAAACGGCUAUGUCGACAGCUACCACGCAUCGACCAGCCUCUCUAAGUCCGACAUCGCGACCGUCCUCUUCGGCAUGCUCGUCCCGCUCGUUACACAAGUCGGUCACGUGCAUUGA